AGUUACAAAUACAACGUCGCGUUCUUACGUGAUCUUGUAUUUUUGGUUCAUGCCUGGCAGCACUGCUUCGCCUUGGAAUUCGUCUCGUUCGCCGCAAUUGUUUGAAAAAUUGAAACUUCAAGCGUCGUUUGUGUGGGUUCUGUUUGUGUAUAAUAAUUGUCCAUAAAAUAAAUAUAGCUUUCCAAAGUUUUGCAAAGGAAGUUAAAUCCUGCCAAUUUGCACUAGUCUCUGCAGGAAAGCGUCACAAUUGAUAUGUCACAUGAGGUUGAUCAAAAUAAUACUCCUGCUGUCCGGGUGAUUGUGCGCGAAAGGCCCGCUCGAGAUUUGCAAGAUCCGAAAGAGGGGGAAACAAGUGUGAUUUCCUACCACGAAUGCAGUGCUAAUAUAUUAAUAGCAGAUGGCAGGCCUUUUAUUUUCGAUAAUUUGUUGGUCCCAACGGCUACUCAGGAAGAAUUAUUUCUCCAUGUCCGUCCCCUGGUUGGCAAGGUAAAAAAUGGGUAUAAUUGUACUGCUUUAGCAUAUGGACAAACAGGAACUGGAAAAUCUUAUUCGAUGGGACUCAGCUCAAACUCUUCCGAAGGUGAGCACGUAGGAAUUAUACCUAGGUGUUUGUUGGAGAUAUUGAAGACAAAUGUGAAUGAAGAUGUUUCCAGAGCAGACAAUAGUUUAACUCCAGAAAUCGCAUUCGAAGUGCAUGCGUCUUUUAUUGAAAUUUAUAACGAAAAGGUUUUUGAUUUGCUGGGCGAAAACACUACGGAACCAAUUAUAUCGCGCGGAUACAAAUAUACUGGUGGCACCCGAAAAGUUCUAAAAACAAUCGACGAUUGCUAUAGUGUUCUCCAACAAGGCAAUAAAAAUCGGCAUGUGAGACCUACUAAAAUGAAUCCCCAAAGUUCACGAUCACAUGCGAUUUUUACGAUCCAUGUACGCAGUGCGUCAGAAAAGGGGGAUCUUAACACUAGAUUGAACUUAGUCGAUUUAGCAGGUUCGGAGGGAGUGCGUAGAACGGGCCAUCAAGGUGUUGCUAUGUCGGAAGGUGUUAACAUUAAUCAAGGCCUUCUAUCAAUCGGUAAGGUCUUACAAGCAAAGGCGCUCGGUCAUAAAGUAAUCCCUUAUCGAGACAGUGUUUUAACUUCAGUUUUGCAAGAUUCACUUAACGAAAACUCUUUUUUAACAUUACUGGCUUGCAUUAGUCCACACCGAGCUGAUUUGACAGAAACUUUGUCAACACUCCGAUUUGCACAAAGUGUGAAGCAAUUAAAACAUUCGCCGCACAUUAACUUAAUAAAGGCAGAAUCAAAGAAACUGCGAAUGAAAACUCCAAAGAAACCUGCCCUGACUCCUGCUCCCAAGAAGCGGCUCUACCCUAAGAUAGGCGUGAGCGUGGUACCGGUGGCGUUAAAGCAUGCCUAUCACAGCAACACAUUUUGUACACCGAACAAGCUAAAACGAAACACUGUCGCUGACAAACUGAACCAUUCGGAAAUGGGACUUACACCAAAGCAAAAAGAAAAGGCCCAAACAGGCAUGCUGGCUCCAUUGAUACCCGGAUUCUCUUCAAUGCUCCCAAAUUUAACUUCGAAAAAUCGGGAAUCGAGUAUUGUAAUGGACGGAUCCAUAGAUUCUCGUGCCUCGAUAAUGAGUAUGAACGUAUCAUCAUCAACUAUGUUUGGGAAUGAUGGCCCAUCGACGAGUAAGACGACUAGUUAUAGUCCAGUGGUUCGUAAAUGUAUGGCCGAAAUCGGAAAUAUCAUGGACAACAAAAUGUCGAAAUUUCUGGAAACUCUCAGUGAGAAUUUUAGACCUCAAACUAUAAUUGUAGAAAAAACGCCCAGCUCUACGCCAUGGACGACCGAUCCAGGUAGUGUAAGAGCGUUGCCAACGGUGUUUCGCCAGGAAUUGAGAAGUAUUGUAAAAGAAGUAUUAAAAGAAAAUGUUGGCCAGUCAAAUGGAAACGAAACAGAGUCAAUAUUGGAGUCUUCCCUUUUAAGAAAUGAUCCCAAAUGCCAGCUGUUUUCAACAAGUAGUCCGGUUUUCAAAGUCCCUUCUGUACCUGAUGGAGGUUCUGAUAGUACUGAAAAAUCGAUUGAAGCUCACGAGCAAUCAGAGGAUUCUGAAGUCUUUGAGGGAGGUCGGCAAAGUAAUGCUGCAAUGCGUCGAUCGCGGCGCAUUUCUCAUCGUUUGCAACAUAGCUCAAUUUCCAGUUUAGGUGCUCGUGGGACAAUAAACGAGACACUAAGACGUUCACGACGCAUUUCUACGAUGCGAGAAAAAAUUGAGGAGCAAACAGUAUCCGAAAUUAGCGAAACAUUCAAAUUGACAGGAAAGAUCCAUCAUAAAAACAAAUCCUUAAAGCAGUUGCAUAUUGAAAGGCGAGAGAGUAUACGCCAUGCUGCACAUUUGAACGGUUUGGAAUCAGAUGACGGAAAUGAAGGGGUUAAAAAUAACUCAAAGAAAGCUAAGAGCACACAAAAACGAUGCUUCGCUGAUUUAAACAAUAGUGUCAUAGAAAGUUACUUUGCCAACGAACCGAAAAGUUCCACGUCGAAUGUUAAAUCAAAGAAACCCUAUAUUAAAAAACAUCGAAAAGCUGUACUUGAUUUACUUAACUCAGGCUCUAUGAAAGAAUUGCAGAUACUGCCACAAAUUGGACAAAAAACGGCAUUCCAGUUGGUGACACAAAGAACAAUAAGUGGAAAAUUUAAGAACAUCGCACAGCUUGAAAAACUGCCUAUAUGGCGUGGAAAUUCCUGGACUCGAUUUGCACAGGCCAAUUUACUACUAGACUGAAUCGUGUUUGUUUGAAAUUUAUUGAUUUAUAAAAAUAUUAAAUAAAAAAAGGUUUUAGUUUAAAAACUCCUACA